AUGGACGUGUCGCUGCAGUAUCCGCCGUCCUUCGAUGGCCGUCUCGUCAUGUAUCCCACACACAAAGAAGUGCGCGAUUAUUUUGCAUGGCGCCAGGCGGAUAGUGGCAAGUCAGAACGUGAGGCGCACGACACCCUCAAAGGCACAGUAUCUGCAGAGAAGCAUGAGAUCAUGUUCCAGCAGUUUGGCAUCAAUUAUGAUAAGCUUCCUGCAUUCUUCCGGAAAGGCACCACACUAGUAUGGUCGCCUAUCCCGGAUCCUCACCGCGCCAAGCCACGGACUGAACUACGCACACUUCAUGUUGAUAUUAUUGGCGACACAUUCUGGACACCACACUCUGAAAAGCAGCCACCUGCUGCUGCGGAUGAAGUCGCCCCCUACUAUGAUAAUCCCAAAAGGCUCUGCGGUGAAGGCCUAGGAAGCCAUCUCGGUCUGUAG